UAAUUUUAUCAUGGCUGCAGCAAAGCCUUCAGAUUUUACAUCACCUGGAAGUAAUGCCGAAUCACCUGGGCCCAUGGAACAACUGCAGUCUUCCCCACCUUUGUCACGAAUUGGUCUUAACACGAACAAGGCCGGCAUGGAGGGUCUGGACAAGACCAAAAUUGACCAAAUCAUCAUCCAGGCUUCCAAGGGGUCCAAGUACUACGAGAACGAGCUCCAAAAGGAAAGAAAAGUUAAAGAAAAAAUUGACACCAUGCUCAAGGAGUUAAAACAGCUGAGUCCAUCCGCAAUAGAAACUUCAGUAGCUGCUAGUGACAAUGAUAUUGAAGCCAUUGAGCUAAGGAGAGACUUAAACCAUAUCAUAGUUCAUGUUGAUAUGGAUGCAUUUUAUGCAGCUGUAGAGAUGAGAGACGAUCCCUCACUUUUAAACGUACCCAUGGCUGUUGGAGGCCAAUCUAUGCUAAGUACUUCGAAUUACCUAGCUCGUAGGUAUGGAGUAAGAGCAGCCAUGCCAGGCUUCAUAGCUAAGAAACUUUGUCCUCAGCUUGUUAUUGUCAAGUCUCACUUUAGCAAGUACCAGGAGGUGAGUCAAACUGUGAGAGAAAUACUCUCCAACUACGAUCCACUCUUUUCUUCUGUUGGCCUUGACGAAGCGUAUUUGGACAUAACGGAAUAUGUGACGGAAUUAAUGAGAGGGAAGGAGGAACAGGUGCCAGUUGAAGGAGAGGAUAGAGUCACUCAGAGUUUUGGUGAUUCAUCAGUUGAGAAUACUGAGUCUUUGAAGCAUAGCUUAGUUCAUCAAACUGAUACAAAACUGAUUCAAAUUGAUCCAGAAUCAUCUCAAGAAACUGAUACAAAAUUGCUUCAAAUUGACGAUCCAGAAUCUUACUCUACUGAUAUGAAAUCGCAGCACGGUAGUAAUGAAUCACUCAAUGAUACUGAUUUGCAUCAGAUUGAUGAUCUAAUUUGUGAUUCUGAUCAAUGCCUUCCCAAUAGUUACUGGGAAUGUGCCGAGAAGGUAGUAGCGAAAUCAGAGAGA